UGGAGGGUGGCAGGCAGCCCAGGGGGGCGCUCAGGGGCUGGGCCCUGGGUGCCCGCCCCUGUGUCAACAUCUGGAGCUGCAGGCUGUGACCUGAGGGCUUUGGUCGCAGGCUCGGGGCCAGGCUUGUAUGUCCUGCCGUCCACCGUGGGCUACAUCAACCACGACUGCACCAGGGCGGUCAGCCCGGCCUACUCCCUCUUCCGGAGGCCCCGCCCCAGUAAGAUCGCCUUUAGAAUCAGCAAAAAUCCCAACCCAACCUGAAACAAAACUCCAGAAGCUCCAAGGAAGGGCAUCUCCACAGGACACCAGCCCUGGGCCUGUGUACUUCCUGGACCCAAAAGUCACCCGCUUUGGCCGAAGCUGCACCCCUGCCUACUCCAUGCAGGGUCGGGGCAAGUCUCGGGGUCUGGAGGUGACACCAGGCCCUGGGGCCUACAGCCCAGAGAAGGUAGCCCCUGUGCGUCACCGGACGCCUCCGGCUUUCACUCUGGGAUCCCGCCUACGACCACAGCUCCAGGACACCUCAGCCCCUGCCCCUAACACCUAUACUCUGCCCUCCCUCUGGGGCUCCCAGAUAUUCACUAAGCCCAGCAGCCCCAGCUACACGGUAGCAGGCCGCACACCCCCCACUCGCCCCCCUCAGGACCCUGCUGAGAUACCAGGCCCUGGCCAGUAUGAUAGCCCAGACCCCAACACCUACCGUCAGCGCCGGCCCGCCUUCACCAUGCUGGGCCGGCCGCGUGCCACCCGCACCCCGGAAGAGACUCCUGGGCCUGGUGCCCACAGACCUGAGCAGGUCACCAUGACCACAGCCAGGGCCCCAGCGUUCACCAUGGGCAUCCGCCACUCCAAAAGGGCUACCACCAUGGGUGGGGACACCAUGCCCUGACACCUUUGGGGUCAGGACUCCCAGCUGCCCCUGGACCAAGCCUCAGUUUACCUCUGUGGUCACAUGGGGUGCGGGCAGGCCCCUCUUGAGCCUGGCUUUGGCUGGUGGGGUGCUUGGAGAAGUGGGGGGCAGGUGCCUCUUUUCUCCUUUUUUCUGAACUCUGAGGUCCUUCUGGGCCACCUGCUUCUUUCGGUCCCUGAAGGCUGUGACCCUGCGGCCCCGUCAGGGUGAUCUUCCGUCCAGUGCCCCAGAUUCUUCCUUCUGGUCACACCAGGCCAAGUCAGGCCAGGCAGAGAAAGGGAGAGCCCCAGCCCUCCCCAGCGGCUGGCUGGGGAUGAGCUUCCUGUGCCCUAGAACUUGGCGUCCACCCUGCUAGGGCCUGCGUCCCCAACACGGCUCAGGUUUCGGCUAAACUUGGGCUCUUCCCUGCUCCUCAAGGAAGCACAGCUGCCUGCGCUGGUCCCGGCCCCAAAUCGGGCUGAUACCCCUCCCUCUAGGGGCUGCCAAUAAAUCUCUCUGU